AUGGCGUCCUCCUCAGGUCCUCCCUCCUCGAACAGCAGUGGCGGCGGAAUUGGCGGCGGCGGAGGCUACGAAAUUCCGUGGGUCGAGAAGUACAGACCCACCAAAGUCUCCGAAGUCGUCGGCAACGUCGAUGCCGUCUCCAGGCUCCAAGUCAUCGCUCGAGAUGGGAACAUGCCCAAUCUCAUCCUCUCCGUAAGCUUCACUACUCUCUCUAUCGUUCCUACGACUGGAGAUUUGGGUUCUAAGAAGCUGUUCCCGUGGUUCCUCAGGGCCCUCCGGGAACCGGGAAGACAACCAGUAUUCUCGCCCUCGCCCACGAGCUUCUCGGCGCCAACUGCAAGGAAGCCGUCCUCGAACUGAACGCCUCCGACGACAGGUAAGAAGAAUUAAAGAGCGAUCGAAUUAAUUCGUCCGCACGAUUCGACGACUCUUCCUGCUUCGUUGUAUCGCCAGGGGGAUCGAUGUGGUGAGGAACAAGAUCAAGAUGUUCGCCCAGAAGAAGGUGACACUACCUCAGGGUCGGCAAAAGCUGAUUAUCCUGGACGAAGCGGAUAGGUAUUGUUUCUGAUUUCGGCUUCUGUUUCUGGCCUGGGCCUGUAUAUUGAUCCUGAGAAAAAUGCCUCUGUGGUGAUUGCGGGGGGGCGUGAAGCAUGACAUCAGGAGCACAGCAGGCUCUUCGGAGGACCAUGGAAAUAUACUCGAGCACCACUCGGUUUGCCCUGGCAUGCAACACUUCCUCGAAGAUCAUCGAGCCCAUCCAGAGCAGAUGCGCGCUAGUCCGCUUCUCGAGGUUAUCAGAUCAAGAAAUCUUGGGCCGCUUGAUGGUGGUGGUUGACGCUGAGAAGGUAGGAGGCAUUGCGCUCAUUUUCUCUGGCCUCUUUUAGACGUUAUUUCUCAGGCUGAUUUGAGGGCUGUGGAGAUGUGAAGUAACUAUGUUAAUUGUAAUUGGUUAUCCAUGUAGAUGCCUUCCUUUCAUCCAAAUAAAUGAAUCUCUCCGUUGCCAUUAUCUAUGUAUGUUGGAGCUUUUUGAUAUCCCUAACAUGAAUACUAAACCUGAGGUAUAUCUUCAGUUCAAACUUUUUAGGCCUGCAACUAGUCGUACAAAUUCAAAAAAUCUGAUCCUUGUUUGUUUUUUUUUUCAUUUUAGUGUUUCAGCCAUAUUCUUCUUUGCUAGGUUGUGAAUUUUUCUUUGUCGAAUAAAACCCACAAAAAGAGAGCUGAAUAAUCAAGUCCAGGUACUAAGAUUGGUCAAUAAUUCACUCAUCGUACUCUAGUUGACCGAUUUUUGGUCGAAUUCACUCAAAUGAAGGUGGAAUUAAUGGCUUUUUGGACGUCUCCUCUGGACGCACAGUGGAAAGAGAAGAAAAUGGAGAGGAAAGAGGGCUGCCCACUCCUGCUAUUGCCUACCCCUGCUGUCAAUAGCCCCUGCCAGAGUUGAAUCUCCCACUGGAAAAUGAACAGCAUCAGGGUACAAAAGCUGUAAUUGGUCUCUUCUAUUUUUAUUCUUUCAGGAUAUGUGUAGUCUCCUUUAAAAGAUGACUUGAGCCUAAUGAGGCCGUCCCAAAUCCAGUGAACUUUACUAGGUUGUAUUCCCGCGGCUCAUGUGAUGCAUCACUUAUAAAAAAAUGCAAGUCCAGUAGAUUUUACCAGGUUUGACCAAGUUAUAGGUGAUUAAGAAUCCCAUUCAUAUGACUGUUUGUUUAAAUAAUUAUGUUAGCAGUUUUAAUGCCUAGGAUUUGCAAAGUUACCUGGUGAAUCACUGGCUUUUAAUUCCAUUCUAGUGGUGUGAAUCUAUCUUGGUUCUUAAUCUCUAUGAUUUGUAGUAACCAUUAAUCUCAUUUGGUCGGCUCAAGCCGACCAUUAAUUCCUACAACUUUACUUUUCGAUUUCUUAAGAAAUCGGUAUAAUUGCACAAUGUACUCCAAACUUUCUAAUGGUUCAAUCAAUCUUUGUGAGAUGAACCGAAGGCGGUCUUUGCUCUCAAUGCUGGGAAUUUUCCGAGCACGAUUAAACCUGUUGAGAAGCAAUCUGUCUCCCUCCUGUUCAUAGAACUAAAAUUUUCCAGAUCCAGACGUUUAAUAGGAGUUCUCGCAUUAUCUAUUGUUGGCUUUGCUGAAUAGUUUAUGGUUACUUGAUCCCAGGCCAGAGCUUUGCAUUUUAUUUAACCAGUGUUUUUAGAAGUUGACUUUAAUGCAACGAGUGGGUUGAACUGGUGAUGGGAUUCACAAUCAUCAUGAACUCAUCUCCUGUGGGGACCCCUUACAUCUUUAAUGUGUCUUUCCCUCUUCUAAGCUCAAUACCAUUACGAUGUUUGAUAGUUGCAUGUCCCUCUUCUGGGUGACUCUGGGGAUUCCCAAACAGCAGACUUUUGGGAUGCCACAUGAGACUAAUUAAGCACCAUGUGGUUCAAACCCUAGUUUCUGAAUGAAAUGAAAAUCAUUUGUUUUCUCUUCUCCCAAGAUAGAUCGAUACCAUUUGGGGGAUAAGUAUUGCAUGAUCCCCUCCAAUCCUAAACUGCUUCAUGGAACCUUUUCUCAGCCAACUAUUGGGGAAAAAAAAGGCAGGCUGCCAUGAACUGAGCUACCUCAGAACAACUUACUGGGGGCUUGGGUGCUUCUGUCCCAUAAUUCCUGGCUUCCCACUUAGCUUUCUAGGGAUGGACUCUUGUGCCUGAGAAAUGAAAGAGCGUGGCACACUCUUUAAAGUGCCACUUCAGCGCCGGUAUCCCAUUCUUAUGACGCUAAUGAUUAUCUGAUGCAUCUUGACUACCUUGGCUAGAAUAAUGAAUUUAGGGAUAUAAAUGAUCCUAAAUUCUGGUUUCAGAGCAACAUAGCAGUCAUUUUUCGCUCUCGGAAGUUCUUCAUUCGAUUCCCUUCGUUCUGCGCAAAGUCUUCUCCAUGCUGUUCUUCAUAGCUGAAGCAUCAAGGGAUCCCCCGGUUCUUUGGUUUUAUUAUUAUGAACAGCUACAAUAUCUCUCGGUUUUAUCUAUUUAAAGGAAGAAGAAAGAAUGAUAAUUUCUUGAGAUCCAUUUCAUUUCUUUCCUUUUUCGGCAGACCUUUUAAACCAACGCUUGGACCUGGAUCACCCCCUGAAAAUUCUUCAAGAACAGUCGUCUUAUUUUAUCUUUAUUCACUUUUUAGUAUAUAAAUACAUUGGGACUUGUCAUCCGUUCCCUCAGCUUCCAUGAGACAAUUGCCAGGUUCCCUACGUACCAGAAGGUCUAGAAGCCAUUAUAUUCACCGCUGACGGCGACAUGAGGCAGGCUUUAAACAACUUGCAAGCUACAUAUAGUGGCUUCCGGUUCGUCAAUCAGGAGAAUGUGUUCAAGGUAAAAAGUAAAUAAAAAUAAAAUAAAAUAACCAGAAAUAUUCACCAGCCCACUUUCCUUCAAUUACUUCGUUCUUUUUUUUUUUGUAUCAUUUUCCCAACUUAUUUUUUUCAGGUCUGCGAUCAACCUCACCCACUGCACAUUAAGAAUAUGAUCCGAAACGUGAUAGAGGGGAGGUUUGACGAUGCCUGCGUGGGUCUGAAGCAGCUCUACGACCUCGGUUACUCGCCAACAGAUAUCAUCACCACCCUAUUCCGGGUCAUCAAGAACUACGACAUGGAGGAGUAUCUGAAAUUGGAAUUCAUGAAGGUAGCGUUCUCAUACGGAUCGAUCUCGUUCCUGGUUCCUUUCAUUUUAAAUAGGUUUUUCUUUUCUUUUCUUUUCUUUUUGUGACAUUGGAGUUCUUGAAUGUCGCAUUCUCAUAUGGAUCAAUGCUUUUCUUGGGCAUGUUUUAUUUGCCCUUGACCUUGAAACUGGAGUUAUUAGCUGGAACUUAAUUCUAUCCUUUGACUUUGAAUUUGGAGUUCAUGAAGGUAUCAUACAGAUCAAUAUCGUUCUUUGGCAUCUUUUACUUGAGCCUAGUAUACCUUUGACUUUGAAAUUGGAGUUAUUAGCUGGAACUUAAUUAUAUCCUUUGACUUUGACAUUGGAGUUCAUGCUGGUAGCAUGCUCAUACUGAUCAAUACCGUUCUUGGGCAUGUUUUAUUUGAGCCUAAUUUAUGUUUGACCUUGAAAUUGGAGUUAUUAGCUUGAACUUAAUUCUAUCCUUUGACUUUGAAAUUGGAGUUCAUGAAGGUAGUAUGCUCAUAUGGGUCAGUCUUGCUGUUGGGUUCCUUUUUAUUUCAACAAAGUGUUUAUCUUUGACUUUAAAUGAGAGCACACAGGAGACCGGGUUCGCCCACAUGAGGAUCUGCGACGGCGUGGGCUCGCUGCUGCAGCUGUCUGGACUCUUGGCGAAGCUGGCUCUAGUUCGUGAGACGGCGAAGCCAGCUGGAUCAUUUUGA